AUGGCUCGGAAGGAACUCGGGCUAGGCUACUGGUGGGAGGACGAGAAGCUUCUUGCGAGUAAGAGCCGGGAAGAAAUCAUGGAAGCCAUGGAGUCCAUGCAGAUACUGUGGAAGGCUGCGGAGAGGUUGCGUGAUGAGUACGUCGUUGAAUUUGAUCAAAGAAAAGGAUCGCAUGAGAAGGAGGAGGACAUGAGUAAUGAUCAAACAACGCUGAUCAGUACAGAGGAUGAUCAGAUCAUCGCUGUUUGUGACAGUUUCUUCAACUACAACAACAACAACGCUGCUUUAUCAACAACUCCUCCUGAUGAGGAUGAACAUCAUCAUCAGAUUGAGGCUGUUUCUGAAAAUUAUUGCAGCAACAAGAACGCUCUGUUAUCACCUCCGGCUGCUGCAGGAGGAGGUUUGAAUGAUCUAGCUAAUGUUGAUUUGGAUACAAUUUUUGAAGGUUUGGCCGACCUUGAUGCUGAGCUUGUCGCUUCUUUUCUCAUGUGA